AAUAUUACGGAGUUCCCAAAUUUCAUGGACAGGGCUGACUAAGCAUCCAAGGAGUGAUUUUUUAAAUAAACUACAUUUGUGUCUAUAACUUGAGUCUGUGACGUGUUUAUCCACAUAAGUAGUAUGCAUGAUUCAACAUUUUCUUAUGCUAUUUUUUUUAAUUAUUUAUUUAGACUUCUCUAAUCUCAAACUCAAGUUAACAUCGAUGUCAUCAAGUUAUUUAUUAUUAUUUAUAAGUACUAUUAAUAUUUAAACAUUUAGGGCUAGGGAUAGGACCUACUCAACUAGGACUAGGACCUAGUAGGACGUCGUUGGCUAGGGUAGGCCUAUUGAGUUUUAACUUUUUAAUUUAAGUAGGCUAAGUUUUAGUAAGGCAAGGUAAAGUAGAUCUUUAUAUAAUAUAAUAAUAAUUAAUGAUAAUGAGUUCUAAACUUGAGUUGAGUCUAAAACUAAAGUAAUUAUUUUUUAGUCUUGGCCUGCCUAUGCCUAAGAAGGAAGGGGCAUUAAUUAUAAUUAUAUGGACGGAUAGAUGCAUUAAAUGAUUAAAGGGGCCAUGGGUCAUCCAUAAAUGCUGCCACACAUCUUAGUAUAUUAAUUAAUUUAAUAUUAAUAGUGUAUAUAAUAUAUUCUGCGAGGGGGUGGGCAUGAAUUUGUAAAUGUAAGGGCAAGGGUGCCUAAUUUUUUACGAUGGGGAGAGUGGGGAGGUCCAGAAUGGCCCAUGCCAUAGGCUCAAAGGGAUAUAAUUUAGAAGAAAUAGGUGUAAAUUAAAAUUAGUUGCAUUUAUAUUAUACAAAGUAAGUUACUUGGUUUUCAUAACAAUAAUAAGUGCCCAAUUUUAAAACUUAAAAGCCUUACCUAAUUGAUAAAAACUUUUUUUGGGUUAUCGCAGUCAUGUAUAAUUGUAUAAAGUGUAAGCAACCGCAAUUUUUUGCACCUUGAAAAUUGUAACCAUAGCAAACAUUUUCAUAGUUCUCAGAAUUUUUGGUCCAACUGACUAAAAUGUAAAUAUACUCAAUCUAUUGGUUUAGGGAUUUUGAUAAUAUUUCACACAUUUAGGGGUUAUCCAUAAAUGAUGUCACUCGUCUAGGGGGGGAGGGGGGUCAGAUUUUUGUGACGAGGGGGGGAGGGGUCCUUAGUCAAUGUGAGGUCACAAGAAAAGCGGAAUAUUAUAGUAAAGAAUUGCAUUUAAUAUUCCUAAAUUACAGACAUUUUUAACAUUAUUGUUUUUUUACAACAAUUAUAAUUAUUUUAUUUUUAAACUACGAUCACUGAGAUAAUCACUACAGAGAAAUGGCCUCUGAUCAAGUUACAGGCCCUCACAGAGCAGGAGAAAAUGGGUCUAGUGACUUUGACAGUUGUGAGACUUUAUGUCAAAAUGUGGAGAUGGGACUAAUAGAAUUAGGACUACCACCUGAAGUGGGAUGGAAAGAAAAAUAUGGUUGACCGAGUUGGUGGGGGGGAUUAGGGUGAUCUUAGUAAAUGCUCUAGGGCAUAGGGUAGGGAUUCUUAACAUUUUUGCAGCACUGCAGGCCCACUCCGUUUUUAAACAUCACCCCCCUCCAACCUUAUGAAUUAUAUUAUUAUAAAAUUUAAAAUAUGAAUAUAAUUAAAUACUUUAGUUAUCAUAGUUUUAUUUCUAUAAUUAACAUUUUAUAAACAACGAAAAAAAUUACCAAUACAAAUAAUUUGCAAACAAAAUUCAUCAGAAAAACAUUUACUGCUGCUAAUCAAAAUGCAUAAAAACUUCUUUUUUUUUUUUAAAAAAAGCAACAACUAGCAAUGGCAGCAAAUAAAAUUUUCUGGUCUUCCGCACCCUUGGUUAAGAACAACUGUUUUAGUGAAAUGUUUCUCACACAGGUGCAGUAAUUUGAUAUCCAUGGGAGGUGAAUUUCUUGUGGGUUUUUCACAAGAACUGGGCGGGGGGGGGGGGGGGGGGGGGGCAGAGAUUUGUGACGUUAAUAUUUUUAUAUUUGAGGAGUGUCUAACAUUUUGUGACGAUGGGGGGAGUGUGGGUAAAAAAUUUGCAAAAUAUGCACGACAUCAUUUAUGGAUGGCCUCUUACUUACACAUCACUUACACUUACAAUAAAAUAAGACCCCAAAAAAAAUGUCCAACACAUUUUUAUACUUCAAGAUUUACAAUCACCAUGAGAUAUCAUUUCUCAACAACACAGAUUUCUCAAUGCCCUCUCAUUUACACCUUUAUUUCCAUAUUUCCCCUAUAAAGCCGUAAUUAUUCUGAAAAGCAAUUUUAUAUAUAUAUAUAUAUAUAUAUAUAUAUAUAUAUAUAUAUGUGUGUGUGUGUGUGUUAAAUUUGCUUUGGUUUAGAUAUUUAGCCAGUAUCAAAAAUAUAUCCUAAUUCAUGCAUGUUAAUAUAUUAAUCUAUGUUUUUAAAUUUAAUGAAUAGCUUAGCAAUAUUUCACCAUCUAAUGAUGUUUAUGAAAAUCUAUUUAUUUUUAUCUUGACAUGGAUUUCAUCCUACUAGAAUAUGAAGAAUUUUCUCAUUAUUGAUUUUUUAAAUGUAAUCCUAUUUUUCAGCCGUGUGAAUGGACACAACAUUAAUGGGAUACCUGGUCUCAAUGAAAAGCUAAAUUGGCCUUCUGUGCCAGUAUUGUGAACACUCAGAAAAUGACUGAAUACAGCUAUAAGGAAUUUGUGUGUGUGUUAAUUAAAAAUGAAGAAAAUAAAUUUUUCUUCACUGAUUAUAAGGAAAGAGGGUUGUGGUUGCCCUUUGAAGAGAGAACAGAGCCUAGCACAUGCCGAGGAGUGGCCUUAAAAAUUAUUGAUCGGGUAAGUAGCUAACUUUAGAUUCGAUUGAUUGUAACUUUGUUAAGAAAUAAAGAAAAGCAUAGUAUUGUUUAAUUUAAAUUUUAAAAUAUUUUCAGUAGUAUAUAUAUCAUGUCAACUCUAAUUUAAUAAAAAGUUUAGGCACCUUUAAAUUGGUGUCUGGCAAUAGUAAUCUCCAGGAAAUAUGUCUUCUUGUGCAUUAUUCCCCAAAGUGGUGGUCCACGAGCCUUACGUUGCUGGUCUCCACAAUAUGACUUAAGAAACUGGAUAACAGUUGAAUAGAGUUUAACCGCCAUCACACAAAAAAAACAUAGUUAGCUGAGUCUUGUCAGAUCAUGGAUAAAAAAUAUUUCAUGUGACUUUUUUAAGUCAAUUAAAUUUUUAAUAUAUCAGGCACCUGUCCCUGGUCCAAUGAGAAAUUAAUCCACCAGUCUGCAAAACUUAAAGAGUUUCGGAAACACUGCUCUAUUGAAUUGCAAAAAGGAGGGUGCACAGGGUGUUCUUUCUGUGCUGACAACUUUUUUUGUCAGUCACGUCAUAGUAGAGCUUUUGUGUGCAGUGAAGAGACUGACCACUCUGCCUGGCAUUCUUUUUAUGUUCUGAAAAUUUGCUGAAAAAAAAUAUGUUAUAAUACAUUCUUUCUUUUCAUUUCUUAAAAUGGUUUCUUGUCAGAUUUAAAAAAAAAAAUAUGUAGCAUUUAAAGUCUAAAAUGGGCUCAUUAAAUUAGUUUUUUAAUGUAACAAAAUUUGAGGUCCUUUCCUGAUAAUCAUCUGCUUAUUGAAUAUGAUCAGUUCAUGACAUUUUAAGACAAUAAAAAAUAUAUUUUGUGCUUUGCAAAAGUGUUCAAUGGAAUUUUAUAAAUUACUCAUUCAGAUCGUCGGUGACAACACAUUGCUACUAGGCAUUUUAAGAAACCAGUUCAUCAGAUUUUCAAAUGCACCACCAUAUUUUUACAUUGUUUUCUAUGCAAAAGCUAAUUCAGAAACAAUGAAAGUAAGUAUAAAUUUCAUAUACCAUUUAAUUUAUGAUCCCUUCAGUAUAGCCAUAAAUUUAUUAUUUUAAUAUGCAGAGAUGAAAAUUAGUUUGUAAGCGCUUGGACCACAAAUUUAUCUAAAAGUGAUCAGUGUCUUAAGAUUAUUUAACAUGUUUAUUUAUAAUUUACUUGUAGAAAGCAAAAUUAUAUUAAAAACAAAUAAUAAUGAGAUCAAGUUUUAAAAAGUAUCACAGAUUAGAAAUUAUAUAACAAAGAAAAUAAGAGGAAGAAUUUAAUAAUAAUAUUUAUUGUAAUAAGGAAUAAUACAGAGUUUUGAAUUAUUUAUAUUCUAUUUUAUUAGUAAUUAUCAGUUAAAAAUUGUAUCUUAAUCAUUUUAUUUUUAAAUAUUGAAUUUUAGGAACUAUUUAAUUUUGUCUUUCUAAGGAACAUUUAAAAAACGCUAUGCUAACAUCUUCUUGAUAACGAAAAUUUUUAAAGAAGCAAAAUAAUUUAUACAGAAAAAAAUAUAAUCUGAAUUAUUUUUUUUACCAAGGAUUCUGAAGAAGGCACCUGGCUAACAUUUGAAGAGAUGAAAACGUCACUUGAGCCAGAUGCCAGCUUCACUAUGCUGGGCAUAGAUAUUUUAAAGGUUCUUCAGUUGGUGGUGGAUUGUAAAGGUAAUCUAAACAUCUUAAACUAUGAUUCAGUAUAUGUCUUUUUGUAGCAACUAUAAAGCUUGUCAUGUCACUUCAUAUAAAUUAAUAAUUAGAAUAGCCUGUCAGAGCAUACUGAAAUUUAUUUGAGUGUUUUGUUGGCUGUAGUUUUUAGUUUGUCUUCACCAAAAUAUGGCAUGCAUGCUUGUGGGCUGAGUUCAAACAAAGAGCAUUGCUAGAGAAUAAGUCGAAACAAAUGCAGGCAAUUCAGUUAGAAGGGAUUUGUCAACCUCAGAAGGCUGCUCAUCUGAGAGAAGAAUCAGGAGGUGGAUUUAAGUUAGUGUGCUGUCUUAUAGAAAUUCUGACAACAGAAGAUCUGCUGUUUGGGAAACAGUUGAGUCUCCAUAAAACGUCUCAUUCAGCCCUAGAGAUUCCAAUUGGAUUACACAGAUGUCUCUUUGAGAUGGAUGUAUGCCCCCAAAAAAAGAGAAAGUUCAGCUUUAAAACAUGGAAACUACAACAUUAAAAGAAAGAUUGCCAUGAAAAUAGCAUAAAAAAUCAGCCUAACUUUGUUAUUGUUACAUUGGAAGCAUGUAAAAGUGUGUAACAUUAGUAUCAUAAACAUUAAACCAUAUAAAGAAUGUAAUUAUUUCUCCAAUAUAAAGACUACCCAUGCGAUUUUAGAAACAGUGCAGAGACUUCAGGCAGCAUGAUGAAAGCACACCAGAAUAAAAAAAAAUGUUUAAAUUAUUUGUGUCUUCCUCUCAGCAAGCGCUCUACCAGCCACAACCCUAGGUGAGUCCAGUGCUGAGCAUUAUGACAUCACAGUGGAGAAUCCAGCAAUGUCUGCCCAUGAAGCUCUAGUUAAGUCGGCCAAGCUGGGAAUUAAAGGUAAUUGAAGGCUUAGGGCAAUCCAUUGCCUUGUUGUCUGGUUAUUUUGUCUUUAACCUUUUGAUGGCACCAGCUUUCUUGUUCACAAUUUUCUCUUGCAUGGUGAUUCUUGUGAACAACUUGCAUUAGUCUGAUCGAUGUAUAUCUUUAUGAACAUUUGAGAUUUGCCUAUGUAGCCCAGUUAUCCAGCAAAAAGGUGGGCAUUAAAUCCGUUUUUGAAGCAUUGUUGGUUUACAACUAAAACAACCUUCAUUGUAAUGCUGGUAGUGUGUUGUUCAAGAAAAAUUUCUUAAACUGUUACAUUUCUUACUGCUCCUGCAAGACAUUGUACAAUAAAAUGUAUUUUGUAAAAUGGUUUUGUGUUGUUUGCUUUGGUCCUAGAACAAGACUUGUUGUUUCGAGAGUACAGUGAGUACUGCCAUCCCAGCCUCUACAUGAAUCACACAACAUUCUCAUCUUACAUGACAACAUUGAAAGGGGCCAGGCUGGAAACCAUACCGGCCCUCUUCAGGUGGGUGAGAGCUCUUCUCCGAGGGUUUGAAAUGAUUCCGCGCGCUUGUGACAUUUAUUUUGUUGGGCUACGCCACAAAAAAUGUUCGUUUCUCGACGCGUAUUGCAAAUUCAGGUUUUCACCAGGCUCCCUUUGUUAAAUUCUAACAAGUACACUUCGAAAUAGUGAAUAAUUAAACCAAAAAAAAGUAAAAGGUUGGGUCAAAAUAAAUGUAACAACACAUUUUUAGGUCAAUAAGCGCCAUCUAGUAACUGCAAACAGUAGUUACUCAAGAGGGUUACUGUUUGCACCACAACAGCUAGAUGUCGCAUUGGAUUAAAAGUAGAAAUAAAAUAAAAUGAGAUUAUUUUUUUAAUAUUUCGCAACGCCAUUGUGAGGAAGCCUCGGCAACCCAUAUAGAAAAAUGUGCAUCCUUCCCCGGGUGAACCAUUGAAUGGACUAUUUUUAAAGCCCCUUGUCUUUGUGAAAUAAAUGGGAUUUUAUAGUUUAAUUCCCUUUUAAGGUCCUAUCUAAAGACGAUUUUGGUGCCCCUGAUUUUGGCGUCUUUUGCUAUUCACACCAUGCUCAUGGCUCUGCCCGAGUCAACGAGCAACUAGGGCCAUGCGGUGUGUAUGGUGGGAACCACUGGGCUUGCCAAACUGCCAGGGGUGAAAAUCUGUGACACAUUUUGUUUACUGUAACAUCAUAAUUAUAUAAAGAUGUUAUAAUUAUAUAAAGAUCAUUGUUGUUUUUUUUGGUUGUUUUUUUCUUCAAUGGGGAGCAGUGGAAAGCUCAUUGUAUUUACUCAAGGGGGUUGUAAAAAAAAGUACAUGUGCAACAGGGUGGAGGUGGGGACUUUUCUUAUUGUAUACAUUAUAUAUACUGUAUGUUUAUUUAUUUACUAUUAAGAUACCAGUACUGUAUUGUACGAUACUGAUAAGAUAUCAUACCAUUUUAGGAGUUUGAGAGUAGACAAGUCUGGUUUUUCUAGCAUCUCUGGUUGGGUCAGAUGCUUUUUUAAAGUUGCCAUCUUGCCUUUUUCAAUGUGAUUCCUGUUGUCCCUUUCAAAGUAAUGCUAAGUAGUUGUCUCCAUGUUGUCCCUUGUGUUGUGAAAAGAAACAUUUGCAAGUCAAAUUUCUGUUGCUGAGUUCUUUAUUCAUAUUGAGGCUUUAUAUGCUGUUUAUUUUUAUCAUUAUGUUAUGAUUGAUAUUGAUAAAGCAAAUACAAAUUUUGGUAUGUUUGUGAAUAACUAUGGAAGUUUCUAUCGAAUGUACAUGUAUGAUUGUGCUAUUAGAUGAUUGAUGCUUAUAUGUUUUCUAAAUACAAUAUUACAAUGUGUGUGAUAUGAUAGGUGACUUUAAAAAUUAAUGAAAGGACCCAGGACUGGUCGUCAUUCAGCAAUCUUUUCUUUUACUCAGAGCCUUUGAUGCCCGCAAGCGGAACUACUUAUCUUUUAAAGACUUACUCCAUGGCCUGGCGGCUCUGGAGCCAUGCACCCAACAUGGUGGCCUACCAGCAGAGAUGAGAUGCAGAUACAUGUUCAGAUAUUAUGAUAUUAAUGCUGAUGGCUUUCUUCAGUUCGACGAAUUUAAGUAAGAGGACUCUUUCAUAUUUAAUUAUUUCAUUAUCUUUUUUCAAUUGUUUUAUGGAAUUUAUUACACAUUGGAAUAUGUAACGGGUUUUCAUAGUUUUUUGUUGUUGAUCUUGAUCAAGUGAUUGUAUUAGAUCCUUAUACUUUACUCAGCCAAAAAAUUGUAUUAGAUCCUUAUACUUUACAGCCAAAAAAGGGUUGAUUUUUUAUUCAUGCUAAUAGCCAUAAGUUCUACAUAUUGAGAAAAUAGAUUUUCCAUGAUUAUAUUUCUCAAGAAGCGAGUUAAGUUUGCAGUCUUAAGUGAAGCAGACAAGUGCUUGUUAUUCUGUUUACCUAAUCCCUCCUGAAAGCAUCAUCUUACAAUGUUUAAGACUUAAAGCUCUUUAAGUUCCUAUAAUAUAACCUGUAGCUUUUGUAACUAUUCUACAUAUUUCUUAAUUCUUGCCUUUGAAUUGUAUGUUUUUAUGUUGCUUUUUUUAAAAAAUAAAUAGACAGAAAUAGAUAAAGAAAGAUUGUUAUGACUGUCUUGUUUGGAGAUAUUACUAACAAAUAAUUUUAAUGUUGAUACAAAUUAAGAAAUUCCUUAUUAAGUACUUUAUGUGAGCACCUUGCUUGUUGCAGGGCCCUUGUUAAAGACAUCCGAGACCACAAGGGUUUGCCAAAUGAUGAAGCCUCUCUCAUUGAAGAUGCUGUUAGCAGUGCAAAGUAAGUUCAUAGUAUUGUGUUAAUAACUCAAAUUAAUCUUUUGUAUACACUUAAAUAUCCCAUUAUAUAGAGCUAAGGGAAAAAAAAAUCAUAAUUAAAAGUUUAAGCAGAUGACUCUUGGUUGGUUGAGGAAUGAUAAAAUAAGAUUUUUUUUUGGUUAAUUUACUAUAAAUAAUUUGACAGGUAAUUUUUACUUAAGGAAUUUUAAAGAUUUAAAAAAAGGGCUUUCCAGCCUUCAUCUUUCAUGGCAAAUGUAUUUUAAUAUAAUCUUAUCUUUAAUCAGGUUGUUUGGCGAGGAGACCAAAAAUAAAUUGCCUAGCAAUGAUUUCCUGACAGCCGUUGGAUCUCUCAAGUUUCGGGGCACCUCAAUUUUGUUUCGUCUGCCUCAGUCUUGUAUGACAAAUCUAAAACUGUGAGUAUAAAAAGCUGAUUAUUUUUAAAUUUUAUUUCCAUUCCUAUUAGCAUUCUUAAUUUAUUCACGUUUUCAUGAUUUCAAUGGGUUUAAAUUGUAAGGGAUGUGAGUUAUCCUAAAAUAAUUUCAUUAUCCAAUCAGGGAUAAUAUAACACAUUUUUUUAAAAAAUAAUAAUAAUUAUUAUUAUUUAAAUUUUAUUCAUUGUAUUAAUGAUGUAAUAAAUGUUUAAAUUUCGUCUCUGACCAGAGCCCGUGAAGGCAGCCCUUACAGUGACAGUGAUAGUGACAGUCGGGAGGAGCCACCAUCAAAAAGGUCAAGGCCAAAGCUCUUAGACUACAAAAAGCCUAAGGAGAAACCUGUAGAAAAAGACGGUUAGUGUCUCAUAGUUUCAUUACGUCUAUGGAGACAUCAACUGCUUCUUGGCACCUAACAGUGAUGGAUUGCCUGCUUUUCCAUAUUUCACCUUGAAUACAUCACAUUUGAUGAAUGUUUUACAUUGUUAUUAUUAUUAUUGUUUUAUCCAUUUCCGCAUCCUGUAAACAAACCAAAGCUUUCCUUAUUAUAAUGUAUAUAUAGUUUACCAACCCCUAUUAUUUUAUCAGUAAUCCAAUGAGAUUGUAGAUGAUUUACUUAAAAGAUAUGGUAUCCGUCAGCGUGUAGACAUAGAUUAGAGUGAAAAUGUCCUGACUAUGAUUCAUUUAGCUUUGGUACUGAUUAGAAAUCUCCUCUCAGUACCAACAUGGGUAUUUGUUAUUUUUUUAAACAUUUUUGUACAACACACUUAUUUAUUUCACCAGCAAUAAAACUGCCUUGUCUAUUGCAGUCUACCAGGUAAAGCCUUUGUGCUCUAAGGGAUAGUUUGGGGUGCAAAGAAUAUCUCAUGUCCAUAAUCAUUAUGCAGAUUCCUUGUAAAUUAGUACACAUGAAGUAUUGGAGCACUUGUCAUUGUGGGUAUAAUUAUGUACUGCAGAUACAAGUACACAUUCAGUACUUGAUCACUUAUCAUUGUUGCUAUAAUCCUAUACUACAGAUUUAAGUGCACAUUCAGUACUUGAUCACUAUAAUUAUAUGCUGCAGAUCCUGUCUUUAAACAACCCGAGGGCAGGGCACCAUCCUCAGCCACAUCCAAGGUGGCCAAAUACGACCUGGCAACUCACACCGUUAGAGUGAAGCGAACAGGAACACUCGCUGAAGUAAUGGCCUUAUGGGAUUUGCAAGGUUAGUGUUUGCUACAUAUAAAUUUAUUGGCAGCAUGGUAGUCUGUCAUUUUACAUCCUAGUAUUAUGCCUUAAAGGGUUGACAUGCUUUGUAAAAAUAAUCAGCUGCCUAUGCAUUGUGUUAAGAGUAGAUGAGCAUUAUUUAUAAGUAAACCCAAUUAUUUAUAAGUAAACCCAAUGCCAUAAAAUGCGGUUGUUACAUAGUAAUUUAUGUGCACUCCUGCCACAGGUACGCCAGCUGUCAGCGGCAGUGCCAAUAAUCAUCUGGAAGGUGACGUUUCCAGGUUUCAGAGACUUUCAUCAAUAGAUGCAUUCAACCAGGUAAAAAGUCGUCAGUAAUAUAUAAAUCAAAAGAACUAUUGAAUUUUGUAUAUACUUAAUAUAUCCAAUAACUGUCCAAUCUUUUUUAAAUUAUUGAGCAUUGUUUCAAUCUGUUUGUUUCAGAGAUCUCACCCCAAUGAAAUGUUGACUGGUCUCAGAUAUUUUGAGAGAGCAACAAAGGGAGAUAAUGGUUCCAGUGCCAAGGUAAGAAAAGUAGAUAGAUAAUAAAGUCAGGUUAGAUCACUCUAGCAGGUUAGAUUACUCAGCCAGGUUAGAUUUUUAAGGCAGGCUAGAUAUCUCAGAUAGGUGAGAUUUGUCAGGCAGGUUAGAUAAUUCAGACAGGUUAGAUAACUCAAGCAGGUUAGAUCACUCAGGCCUAUUCAGCAAUGUAUAGUCAUUUAUGUAUGCUGUUUUUUUGUUCAAAGUAAUCUUUUAAUGGAGUCUCCAAAUUAGAUUUAUGUCACACACCCUUUUGGGUAUCUUGCCAGAAUUCCCUUUUAUAAAAAUUGUGCUAGAAUCUUUUUUAUUUUUGUUAUAAAUUAUUUUUUUCUGUCUACCAGCCAGCCUUUGAGUGGGGCCAGGUAGAUAGAACAGCUUUAGCCAAGUGUUUGUUGACAGUCUGCUUACAGGUGAAGGAAGUCUUGGCUGAUGAACCCAGACUGCUCAAACUGCGCUCACCUAUGUAUAUUUUGGGUAAGUACCUGAGCACCCCCAGCUUAUAUAAAUUGUUGUAUAAUACUAUAUAUGCUGGAACAUAGUAGAAUUUCAACUUUCUGAGUUAAAAUAAGGAUCAUUAAUGAUCACAUUUUUCCCUUUGUGUUAUUGAGUCUACAUAGUCCACAAGGCUGCCAGCAGUUUAUUUUAUGUUACUGAUGGCUAAUAAGUCUGCAUUAUGUCAUUAUGCUAUGUGAAGCCUAGACCAUGGCUGUCAGUAAUAGCUACCUUUGUCUGCAGUGUGCUAUGUUAGGCACAGGCCAACGGAUCAAUAAUGGCUACUUCCACCUAGUUUUCCUUGAACCAAUGUAAUAAGUUAUUUAUGCAUCAUCUUGACAUGUUAUGAUGUAAUGUAAAAAGAUAUUUGUAUCACUUUGACAUAUUAGAACAGACCGAUCUGAUAAUGUAGCAAGAUGUUUGUGUGGUUUGGACAUGCCACGACACCCACCUGUAUUUGUAACAAUGGACCCGCCCCUUCAGUUGUCACACUUGUCACACCGCUUAGGUCAUGAUUAUAAUAAAGUUACGUUCUUGUCAAAAUGUAAUGAUAAAUGUUUGGUUGUCUCCCAGGUGAUAUUCAUGGCAACUACUGUGAUUUAGUGUCGUUUGAGAAAGCCUUGUGGAGAAUGGGACCUAACCUCACCCCAGCCUCUUUCUUGUUCCUCGGUGACUAUGUUGACAGGGGAGAUUAUGGUAUUGAGGUAAGGGAUUGGUGUAUUGGGCAUAACAUUAAAAAGAUUUGAGAGGUGGCUUAUCAGCUUAUGACCCUUCAUAAUUUAUUAUUAAAUAAAUGUGGUGGGAAGAAUCUGGUCUAGUAGCAUUCACCGAGGGAGCCUAUAUUUGAUUCUUAGCAUUAUCAUUUUCUAGCUCUUGUCAGUUCUGUCAGUGGCUCACUUGUCUGAAAAAAUAUGAGUGGUUGCGUUUAGGCAGUGUGGUGGAAAAUGUUUUGAACAGGAUUUGUGAAAGCUUGAAAGGGAAAACAGGAAAAACAAAGGAAUAUUUUGGCCAGAAGCCUUCAUCGGCACAUAAGACAAGAAACAUAAGAGAAUGAGAAUACAUUAGCGAUUCAUCAGAGUGAGUAAAUAUGAUAGUGACAGCAAGUUGUCUUAAACUUUUUUGACACCUUCCAAUCUACUCUCACCAAAGAAGGGAAUGAGCCUUGUGGCUGAAUGCCUCUAGCUCUUUGGGUGGCUUUAACCAGCUGUUCUUAGGGCCCCCAAAUAGUAAUGCUUCUUGUGGCCUGUCUACACCAAACAGCAGACAAUAGUUUAAUAGCCCAAGUUAUAAAAGUUAUGCUUUUAAGUUGUCACCAGCAAUAGAGGCGUCUUAAAAGAAAAAAUUAAAUAAUCAUAAAUUACACCUUUCAAGUUUGUUUCAUUUCUCAAGUUUCAAAUAAAAAAAAGUCAUGGGAAUUAUUUUUUUUAGAUAAAACUGCAAUGUAAAUUGGUUGACCUUAUCUUCGUUUGCAUUAAGUAAUUUGACAUUACCGACUUCCACAGGUUAUUUCUUACCUGUUUGCACAGAAACUUUUAUCUCCUAACAAAUUUUUCAUGUUGAGAGGGAACCAUGAACUGCGCAGUGUACAAGAGAUGUUUCACUUUAAAUCGUGAGUACCAGUUGUUAUACAAGUUAAAACAUGUCAAACCGGGACCAUGGUUAACGAUUCACUUAAAAUUUCAAGUCUAUUGUACCAAAAGGUGGCUGGGUGGUCGAGUGGUGUAAACUCAAAAGUCAUUCCCAAGUCCCAAGCUUGUGGUUGAGUUCAAUCCCCACCAAAGACCAAGUCAAGCAAAAAGAACACCAGCACCCCGGGUGGAUGGGACCCGUUCACCUUGGAUGGCAACUCACCUAAGAGAAGGAAAAUCUGGAUCAAAAUCCGGAGGAGUCCUGUAGCCGGAUCCAUUAAUAAAAUGAAAAUUUUGACAACCCCUGCCACACAACUGGUGCCAAGCUGUAUCAUCCAUAUAUGGUGUUCCCUUGGGCUAUCUUGCUGUCUAGGGAACCAGCUUAUAGUCCUAAGGAAAAAAUCCCAGACCUUGUGAUUUCAUCUUGCAAAGUCACACCAUUGUCACAUUGUGGGCGGAUGUCAGUAAAUAUAUGCCAUAUAUAGCAAUAUAGUAGCUCCAAGAUUUGUCCCAUUAUCCGAGAGAUGAAACUACACCCUAUAGCUCUAACAGAGAUGUCACUGGUGUACAGAUAGUUUGAAUAAAGUAUAAGCACAAUGUUAAGCUCUAGUGAGGGCCUUACACUUGGAACACUUGCCGUAAGAAGACUAAAUAUUUGCCUUUUAAGCAGCUCAACCAUUAUCUCCACAGUGAAUGUUUAGAAAAGUUUGGUGACACUCUGGGCUUACAGAUAUGGGAUGCUGUCAAUGAAUGUUUCGACGUCAUGCCCAUUGCCGCAACUGUUGAUGACAAGGUGAGUUUUAAAAAACUUGGAAGUGAUAGUCAUGUCCUAGGUCAGAUUCUGUCUGACUGUUGGAAAUAGUCCAAAGUCUUUAAUUUCACGUGGAUGAUUUUUAAGUUAUUGAUUAUGAAAAUGAAUUUACAAGUCAGAUAUUCAUUACACCUAUCCUAAUUAUUAUCUUUGAUUUUUGUACCCAUCCGAAUUUGCAUUUUAUAUUUUUGUACCCAUUUUAAUAUAUAUGUGUGAAUUUUAACAUAACGUGUUUUGAAUACCAGUAGAUUGUGUACCAAUUCUAAUUUUUGCGUUUGAUUUUGUACCCACCCUAACUCACCAUUCAGGUGUUUUGUGUGCAUGGUGGAAUCCCGAGCCCUGAAAAUGAAGGUGGCAACAUUGAAGCCAUUAACAAGAUCCCUUCCCCACUGGCUGAUCCUGAAGCAGAGAGUCCAUUAGCAUGGGAACUCUUGUGGAGUGACCCCCUGAGGUAAUUAGAAUUGGGAACUCUUAUGGAGUGACCCCCCUGAUGUAAUCAGCAUGGGAACUCUUAUGGAUUGAUCCCAAGUAAUUGUCAUGGGAACUUUUAUGGACUGAUCCCCUGGGGUAAUUGUCAUGAGAACUCUUUAUGGAGUGAUCCCCUGAGGUAAUUGUCAUGGGAACUCUUUAUGGAGUGAUCCCCUGAGGUAAUUGUCAUGGGAACUCUUUAUGGAGUGAUCCCUGAGGUAAUUGUCAUGGGAACUCUUUAUGGAGUGAUCCCCUGAAGUAAUUGUCAUGGGAACUCUUUAUGGAGUGAUCCCCUGGGGUAAUUGUCAUGGGAACUCCAAUGGAGUGAUCCCCUGAGGUAAUUGUCAUGGGAACUUCUAUGGAAUGAUCCCCUGAGGUAAUUGUCAUGGGAACUCCUAUGGAAUGGUCCUCUCAGGUAAUUACCAAUCAAUGCUCACCUCAUUAAAUGGUGCUAAUUUAUGAUGUUCAUUUUCUAUUAUUUAUGUCACUGCGAUUAAAUUUAAUUAAUGAAUUUUUGGGAGCUUCUUUUUUCCCAUUGAUGUCAGUGUCGGACAAGUGCAUUGUUUUUUAUUUGGACUGUGUUAGAGGUUUAACAUAAAUGAACCACCCUCAUUGAUAAUGAUAAAAUAUGGAAUGGCAAAUUAUUUCUUUUAAAUACUGAUGUAUUUUUGAAACUACAAAACCAUAUGAAAUAUUGUUAGUUAAACACAAUUGGAGGAAUUUUUUCUGUUGAAUGUGUGUGUAUUUUUUAAACAAAGUUUCAAUUGAUUUCAAUGCUGUCUAUUUGGUCUUGAAGUAGCAGUUCAGACAACCUGACCGAGGCCAGUAUACAGGAGUUAAAGGAGAACCACGGCUUUACCUUCAACACAAGACGAGGCACCGCACAUUUCUUUAGCUGUGAGGCGCUCUGUAAUUUCCUGGAAAGGAACGGCCUUUCCCAUGUCAUCCGAGCCCACGAGGUCCAGGAAGCUGGUUUUAAGGUUCGUUGAUUGUUUGAACAUUUUUUACCAGUGCCCAAGAGUCGCCCUUAGUAGAAGAGCAAUGAACGUUACUAUUUUUCUCAAACUUGAAUUGUUAGUGUACAAAGCAGACAAACCUAUUUUAUCGUUUGACUAAAGUGGCUCAGCCUUGCAGUUGAACUGCAGGUCCAUGGUGGACAGCUAACGAUCUGUUUAUUUGACCGUCUUUCUAUGCAUUCACUAAAUCUUUGUUUCACAUCUUUCCUUCAAGUCCAUCAUUUAAUGUGACUAUUUUACUGUACCCCUCUACUGCUAUCAUUCAAGUCCAUCACUGAAUUAUUGUUUAAAUUUUUUUAUUUAGUUUAGUUCUACAACAAAGAGAGUUAAGGAGAGAAAAAAACUCACUUUGCAUAAAAUCUUUUACAUGGGUUGUUUCAAAAUAUUUAGUGACUCCCAGAGCCUUGAAAUACAGUUAUUAAAAAAUAAAUAGUCUAUAAAAAAUCUUAUAAAAAUUUACCGUAAAAUUCCAGUAAUCCAUGUUUGUUAUUGUGUUUUCAAUGACCAGGUCCAACAACAAGGGAAGCUUCUCACUGUGUUUUCAUCCUCUCGCUACUGUGGGGGAUCCAAUGAGGCAGCUUGUGUUUUAGCAGACAAUUUUAAAUUACGCUUGAUUCGUAUCGAUACGGCAUAGUGAAAAUGCGAAUUAUAUGUUAUGUGGACAAUUCACGUGCAAGCUUCACGCACAGAUAAACACAGGUGGAAAUACUUAUGUUAAAAUCAAUACAUUUUUUCUGAUAAAAUUGUUUUUUUGAAAACAAUAAAAAAAAAUAUUCCAUUUGACUGUAAAAAAAAAAAAAAAAAAAAAA